UUAGUGUGAAAUAAUGUCUAAAAAAGUUAGGAAAUUUUUGCAAACUAGUAACCCAAACUUUUAGGUCGGCUGCAGGCGUCCUUCUGUCAACCAAACAGUCAACGUCAAAAAAAGAUUAGAUCCUUUUUGGACUGGUAUUGUAUGAAAAUUGCAUUGAACUUAUUUGUAAUUCAGACGCAACUCAAUUUUACGUUUUUGUUGUUUAAUGUGAUGUAUUGAAUAUUAUGUGUUCAUUAAAUGCUGCUAUACUUGGUUAUUUGUGACUGGUGUUCAAGACUUGAUUACAAAAGUAGUCCAUGUUAGGAUAAACGUCAUUAUUUUUAACUAUCGUGAUAUUACCAAUUUGAAGUUAAUAUAAAAUCGUAAGGAAAAUGGAAAGAGAAGAAGGCGAGAUGAGUGAUAAUGAAAUGGACGUUGAUGAUAUUGAAGAGCCUGCUGUGCAAAAUAUGGAGAAACACACUGUGUUAUACAAGAAAGACAAGAAUGGUUUAGUUGUGGAAGUACUUGAAAAAGUAGAUGCUUUUAAACUUGAAGAGAGGGCAAAACGAUUUGGUUUUAGUCUUACAGGCAAUAGAGUUGUGACACAAGAGCAAAUUGAUGAUCUGUACAAUAAUUUUGAUAUUAAAGAAGGCAAUGAAAGGCAUUUUCGUUUUGAUACUUUACAUUUAGCUGGAAUUGAUGGACUAUCUACCAAAGAUAUAUUUGAAUAUCUUGAAGAUUAUAAACCUGUGGCGAUAGAGUGGAUUGAUAAUAAUUCAUGUAACAUUGUUUGUCAUGAUCAUAUAGCUGUUGCUUUGGCUUUAUUACUACAUUCACAGGAAAUAACUGAUGAAGGUUUAAAAGAAAUGAUUAAUGAAAAAUCUUCUUACCACUGGCGAGAAGGUUUACCACAUCCUAAUGUAGACAUGAUAUUGAUGAGAUUUGCAACACAUAGUGAUAAGAAAAUGACAAAAAUAAAGUAUGAAAAUAAACAAAUUGCUCAAUGCAUGGAUGAUGGUAACAUGGUUAGUAAGAAUCCUUGGGGUGACUUGUGCAGGUCUUGGGGAGUGUAUGAUCAUCAAGAAGUAUUUAGCCGUAAAUUACCUCAAGAUUAUGAUGAGGAGGAAGAUGAUGAACCUAAUGAAAUAAUACAAAUAAAAAGUAAAAGACUUGCCAAGCGUCUUGGAAAAAGAAGUAACAAAACAGAGGACUCUGAUGAAGGUUCAUCAGAUUCAGAAUGGAAAAAGAAGUCUAAAACACCCAGAAUGAGGAUGCACGCUGAUGACGAAGAACUUAAACGAAAAAAGCCUGUAGUUGAGCAUUUUGAGGAAGAGAAUACAUAUGCUCCACUUUCCAUAGAAGUUACAAAUACAAAAAGUGAUUACACACCCAGACCAAUAUUAAGGGUAUCUGAGAAAUUCAGGAGUAAUACUAAAACAGAUGACACCCCUAGAAAGAAGAGCUUGCAAUCCAGGUUAGGGGCCAAAGUUCCAGCACAGGAAUCAAGUGAUGGAUCAACAUCAGAUAAUUCAGAUUCACAUAUAAUGAGCAGAGUCCAAAAAGUUAAUAAAAUGUCUAAUCCUCAAAGCUCUAGUGUAUGGUCUAGACUGGAACUUAAAUCAAAUAGUGUAGAGGAUUUAGAUAGACCUAAAGAUUUAAGACAAAAACUAAAAUCAAGGAAACAGAAAAAACCCGACGACUUAAGAGAUGUUUUAAGCAAAACCAAACCAAACAAAUCAAAUUUAAUCAUUGAAGUAGACAAUAGAAAUAAAUGAUUUUUAUCAAAAACUAAUA